AUGCUGGGGGGGGGGGGAACGGACAAGAGAGAGUCCCAGGGUAGUUUAAAGGGCAUAAAAUUGGCUCCGACUUUAACCCUUAAACAGCAAGAGGAAGUAAAACAGAUCUUGCAGGAAUACGAAUCCUUAUUCCGUAAUAUACCAGGAGUGGCCAAGGGUGUGGAACAUCAGAUAGACACAGGGGAAGCCAAACCCAUUGCUGUGAACCCCUACCAUAUAACAGGAGGGUAUGUGAAGAAGGUUGGCAAGGAGGUGCGGGACAUGUUAAAAGCAGGAAUUAUUGCACCUUCAGAAAGCCCUUGGGCAGCCCCUAUAGUGCUAUUGGACAAGACCGAUGGAUCGGUAUGCUUUUGUUUGGAUUUCAGAAAACUGAACCAUGUCACCAAAGCAGAUGCGUAUCCCAUGCCACGAUUGGAUAAUCUGAUAGAGACCACUGGGCGAUGUCAUUACAUCACGUGUUUAGAUUUGACCAAAGGAUAUUAUCAGGUCAAAAUGAAUCCGAGGGACCAAGAGAAGACAGCAUUUAGAAGUCCCUUAGGGCUCUAUGAGUUCAAAGUUAUGGCAUUUGGGUUAAAAAAUGUGCCCACCACGUUCCAAAGAUUAGUGGACAAGAUUCUAAAUGGACUGAGCAGGUGCACAGUUGCCUAUUUAGCUGAUAUUGCAGUGUUCAGUGUGACCUGGGAGGAGCAUAAAGUACAUUUAAGACAUUUACAGCGACUUAAGGAGGCAGGGUUGACUAUCACAGCGAACAAAUGCCAGAUAGGUGGUGCGACUAUACAGUAUCUAGGACAUAUGGUCGGAGGAGGGGUAAUUAAACCAGUAGAGGCAAAGGUUGAGGCCAUUUCCACCUGGUCUACCCCUACUUCCAAAUGGAAGGUACUCGCUUUCUUAGGACUAGCAGGGUACUAUAGGAAGUUUAUUCCAAACUUCAGGAAACUAGCAGCACCGUUAUCCGACCUUACGCGCAAGAAGGAGCCAGACGAAGUCAAGUGGACAUCAGCCUGUCAGCAGUUCUUUGGCGCAUUGAAAGGAGCCUUGAUGUCAGGACCCGUUCUUGCAGCGCCAGACUACAAUCAAGAAUUCACUGUGUUCACAGACGCUUCAAAUGCCAGAAUUUGGGCUGUAUUAUGCCAGCCAGGACCAGAGGGAGACCUGCAUCCAAUUGCCUACAUCAGCAAAAAGUUACUGCCUAGAGAAAAGCACCUCUCAAUGGUUGAGAAAGAAUGCUUGGCAAUUGUGUGGGCCCUUCAAAGAUUGAAGCCGUAUAUCUGGGAACGAGGCUUUGUGUUAUGUACAGACCACUCACUAUUGAUAUGGCUACGAUCGAUGAAGAGUAAAAGUAAGUUGCUGCGGUGGGUCCUAUUACUACAAGAUUUCAAUUUUACCAUCAAAAGUGUGAAAGGAUCCUUGAACAUUGUGGCGGAUGCCUUAUCACGAAAACCAGAGAGUGAAGGAUGA